AUGAAAGCGCUCCGUUUGGCACCAGCCGACGAGAAGAAGCCACUGGACUCGAAAUGUAAAGAGUUGAUCAUCAAGGCCGAGAAGAUCAAGAGCGCUGCCGACUGGAAAGCCGCCGCUCAUGCGGGGCCCCAGAAGGCCCUCACUUUGCGUCCGCCUGCAUCCACGCGCAAGCUCACCACCCGUGAGGAAAUCAUCAUCUUGGAGGGCGCUAAGCUCCAUGGGUUUAUUUUCCCACCGUGGACCCGGGCUCCGCAUCUAGAUGAAUUUGUCUGGGAAGGGUCGCCUUUUAAAGACACGCCUGACCUACACCUCUCUGAAUGUCAGAAGGAUAUCUUUGCAGGUUGGAAAAGCCCACGUGAUCUGCUACGAUCUUAUCAAGCCACCGAUUCAGCGAAUGACGGGUUGAAUCCGUCUAUGUCCGUCUCGGGGCAGACAGAUCUCGUUCAAGACGUCUUGACCGACUGCUCGGUGGUCGCAAGUCUUUGUGCAACGACAUCUAGAUCAGAAAGAGGUCUUGGGCAGCAUGCAUCGCCAACGAUGUACCCGCGUAAUGAGGAGAAGGUUCCUAUAUUGUCACGAUGUGCGAAGUAUAUCUUCCGCUUCUAUUUCAAUGGAUCAUUUCGAAAAGUCAUCAUAGACGAUCGAUUGCCAUCUUCGAAGACUACUCGAUCGCUGCAUGUGGUCGACCGCAACAACCCCAACUGUCUGUGGCCUGCUCUCGUGGAGAAAGCCUAUCUCAAAGUUCGUGGGGGCUACGAUUUUCCGGGCAGCAACUCAGGAACCGACCUGUGGGUUCUGACAGGCUGGAUUCCCGAGCAAAUGUUUUUACACCACGAUGAUUCUACCUGUGAUGAAGUCUGGGGGCGUUUGUAUAAUGCCUUCCAUCACGGUGAUGUCGUGCUGACCAUUGGAACCGGGAAGCUGACCGAAAGAGAAGAGCAAGGCUUGGCCUUGGUGAGCGAGCAUGAUUAUGCUAUUUUGGAUAUGAAGGAAAUUCAGGGCCGACGCCAGUUCCUCCUGAAGAAUCCUUGGGCCGGCGCAGAGCCCACUAUACAAGGCACAUUCACAGCCGACGUUGAAUCCCCCGAUGGGCACUCGUCUCUUUCCCCGGGCAAAUUCUGGAUGGAUUGCAAACAUGUUCUUCUGAACUUCGAGAAUCUUUACCUCAACUGGAAUCCCGGGUUAUUCAAAUACCGCGAAGAUAUCCACUUUACCUGGGAUUUGUCCCACGAUCGGCUCAUUGCUGGCUGUUUCGCGAAAAAUCCUCAAUUCUCCGUAUCCAGCAAGGCAGGAGGAACAGUAUGGCUGUUGCUUGGGAAACAUUUUAAGACUGAAACUCAGCAACAGUUGAACACCGGUCACCCAGAAAGUGAACACGGUUUCAUCAGCAUCUACAUCUUCCAAGCGGGCGGCAAAAGGGUGUCAUUAAGCGACGGUGCACUCCAUCGCGGACCGUACGUUGACUCACCAAAUACACUUAUGAGGCUCGAUAUGCCCGCAAAUUCAACCUACACCGCAGUAGUCUCUGAGCAAUCUCUGCCAUCUGCUAGCCAGAACUUUACACUCUCCGCAUUCUCUACCGCUCCUGUGACUGUCGCGCCGUCGCUGGAUAAGUAUCUUUGUUUAACCAAAGCAAAAGGAUCUUGGACAGCGAUGACAGCCGGUGGAAAUGCCGAGUCACCUCGAUACCACUCCAAUCCUCAAUUCAGUCUUCAGAUAUCCGAAAAAACGGAUAUCUCAAUCUUAUUGGAAACCACAGAGGCCGAAUUGGCAACCCACGUGAAACUGUUCUGGUCCAAUGGCCAACGGGUCUCACGCGUGCGGAGUCGGGACAUCAUCGCAGACAGUGGUGAUUACCGCCGGGGAUGCGCACUGGCCGAGACAAAGUCUUUGGAUAAGGGCACUUACACCAUUGUCAGCUCCACAUUCGCACCCGACCAGCUCGGUCGUUUCACAUUAUGGAUAUCAUCGACUAUCCCGUGCGUGGUUCAGCAACUAGCUUCUGAGUCCGCCGGGCGGCGCGCUGUCCUGUCUGACGUCGGCGUUCUUCCCCCAGGAAAGGAUCGAAUGCUGGCAUCAUUGCGGGUGUCUCGCUUAACGCGAAUAAGACUUAUUGCGCGAAACAAGCGGUCUACCAUUGACUCUCGGGCUGUUGCCCCGUCGCCCGUGCUGAUGACCGUAGAACUGGGCCAAGGGCCCUACAAGGAGAUUUUGGCUACAUCUGAAGAUGGAUACCACAAUGACACUACCUCGGGUGUGCGGGUAGAAGACUUUGAUCUUUAUCCUAGUGUUGAGCAUACUGUGUGGAUUGUCCUAGAGCGCAUCGGGGGCCCGGGUGGGCAGGUGGAAGAUCACUUUGAAGUUGAGGCCUUGGCAGAGGAACAAGUCAAGAUCGGAAAGUGGGUAAUUGAGGAGGAAUGA